CGUAUCCCGGUAAAUUCCUCAAACUUUUAGGGAUAAUAACAUCUUUUUUCUUUUCUUUAUCCCAACUCUGAUGCUUCUCCUCGUUCGAUUUGCCGUAUGUUUACAUGCGCAAACCUGCCAACAUGGCCGCCACGCCAGUAAUGACGUCACGACGCCCAAGCCCUAUUGAAAACAAGUACACAGCUAUCCAGACGGAGCACUGCAUCCUAAUUACCCGAGCUGAAGGACAGGCCAUCUCCUCGAAGAACUGUCUCGGUGUCUCUGGUCAAAUGAUAUUCCUGCUAUUAUCUCUGACUUGAAAGAAACAUUCACAGCAAAUUAAAGUGACAGACGCCCUUCAAGCCCAAACCCUCAUCCCUCUCUCAUCGUUCUCUUUCUCUCCAUCCUUUCAUUUUGGAGAUGUGUGUGCAGCGCGGCUGAGAGCCGUCUCUCUGAUUUCCCCAGAGACGCCGAUGAGUCAGAGAGCGAAGCGCAGACCUGCCGGAGCGGUUUUUUUGGGCUGCUCUACAUGUGACAGUUAAACUGGAGAUGUUAUGACUUAGUUGUGUGAUUUCUGGAUCUCAGGAACGCCUUAGUUCGACUAGAUUGCAAGAAUUGAUGUGCAUCUUGAAUCCAAUUGGAAAGCAGAGAUGGUGCUGUGCAUGCGAGCAGUCAGACAGCCAGUGAGUCUGUGCGUGAUCGUGGGAGACUCGCAUCAGCUCACUGCCCACUCCACGCCCCCGCAGAGUCUCCCAAACUCUCGGUCGCAGGAGGAGAGAUGAUGUGGGGGAUGUAAGACACGGGGAUCAGCAGACAGCAGCUGGAUUCUCGGGCGAAAACCAGCCGCUCCGAUGGAGUGAAGACAGCAGAUCCACGGUUGACCAGAAUCUGAGCCGGGAUGUGCCGACAGUGCUGAGGCCGGAGGACGGGAGAGUGGAGGAUUCUGGGAUUCUUGAGGUGGAGAGCGUGACAUCAUGGGUGAUGGAGGGGCCUUGCGCACGGAGGGCAAUGCCCUUCUGAAAGCUGUCUUCCAGGGCAAACUCCGCCUCGCACGCCUCCUCCUGGAGGGUGGAGCCUAUAUCAACGAAGGGAACGAGCGAGGAGAGACGUCCAUCAUAGCAGCCUGUCUGGCAGGAUACGAUGAUCCGCAGACCCGGCAGAGAAUGGUACGAUACCUGCUGGAGAAGGGAGCGGACCCAAACAUCCCCGACAAAUCGGGUCGGACCGCCCUCAUGCAUGCAUGUGCAGAACAGGCAGGCAAAGAGGUGGUGUCGCUGCUUCUGGAAAACGGCGCUGAUCCCAGCUUGAAAGACUACUCCGGGUCCUCUGCACUUGUACACGCCAUCAAUAAGGGUGACAGGGACACUCUCCAGGUCCUGCUGGAUGCCUGCAAAGCCAAAGGCAAAGAGGUAAUCAUCAUUACAACCGAUACAUCACCUUCUGGCACUAAAAAGACCAAACAAUACCUGAACUCUCCACCAUCUCCGGGUAUAGUGGACAGUCUCUCCCCUGCUUGUAUGUCUCCGUCCGAAGUGGAGAUCCACACCACUGGCCCUGCCCCCAGUAAGGAAGAGGAAGGUAUCUUCAGCUUCGCUGUGACUUCAGCACUCCCAGUACCUUCCAGCAGACCACAGGGGGAGAGGAGACCACCGCCCCGCAAGCUUCUGAAAAGACUGAACUCUGAGCCCUGGGGUCUGGUGGCUCCUUCCGUACUUGCCGAGAGAGCAGAGCGGAUAGAGGGCGAUUUAGCAGAGGAGGACAAGUUGGUCUCAGAGAUCAAUGGGAUGACAGUUUCCGGUCCAGGUAGACCUCUCCUGUCCCGAAGGCACAGUAUAGAGACCCAUGACCCGUCCUCUCCGAAGCUAAUAGACCGGUCCUGUUCGGAAGACUGUGCAGCACUGUGUGGCUCGUCCUGGGCGGAUAAAGUCCAUCAGCACCAGUCACUGUAUCGUAGAAACACGGCCCCUGAGACUCAGGACAAUGUGGCUCAGGCAUCGACGGGAAUCCGUGGCUUGACGCACCCCAAACUCACCCGCAUGGAGCACUACGAGUCGGACACUCACCUGUGUCCUGCCUCCAUCCCUGGAUCUCCAGAUUCUGGACGUGUCUCAGUGGAGCGCCGCAAGUACAAUGCCUCUCCCUUGUCGCUCCUCACUAGCUCUUCUCGAGAGUCUCUGGAGAGCAUUCCCAACUCCGUGUCUCCCAUCACAAUGCGACGGCGUCCAACCGGACUGUUGGAACGGCGGGGAUCAGGGACUCUCCUACUGGACCACAUCUCCCACACACGACCUGGGUUCCUUCCUCCUCUCAACGUCAACCCCCAGCGACCCAUUCCUGAUAUCCGAGCUAACGGAAAACCCACUUCUCCCGUCCACUCAGGGAGCAAGAUCCUGCUGCCGGUUGCACCAACAUCUCCAAAACGGGGUCCUGACUUCAAGAUGAAGAAGAAACUGAUGAGGAGACAUUCGAUGCAGACAGAGCAGAUGAAGCAGCUUUCAACCUUCCGUGAAAUCCUCACAGAAAAGGUUAUGGAGAUGAAUGGAGAUUGAGACCAAGAGAGAGGGAGAAUGGGAGAGAGUCAGUUCUGGCCGAGAGGCUCCUCGCCGGGUUCAUCUACAUCUUCUUUGAGGCACACCUGCUCUGGUCCAGUUCAGCUCAUUUAAAACAAAAUACAUACAUCAAAUAUAUGCAUUGUGAACACAAAACCAUCUUAAAAUUCAGAUUAUGAAAGAAAAUGAGUCAUGGUAACUAAAGAUCAUAAAGGGAUCAGUUACAACAAAUGAUCUGUUCCAUGUUUUUCGUUGGAUUCUACACUCUAAAAAAUGCUGGGUUGUUUUAACCCAACUUUGGGUCAAAUAUGGACAAACACAAACAUUGGGUUA